ACGGUGUGCAGCAGCGUCCGCUCGGUGAGGUGGGGAAAAAAAAUGACAGAGCACUCUGGAUAAAUGGCGAAUUUUAGGAUGAAAUUUUGCCGGCACUGGCUGCUUUUUGUUUUAUUUCUUCCUUUAUCAAGUGUUUUAUGUUUCAGUGAGCUGUCCUUCAUCACAGAGCCCAGUGAUGUUACUGUGUUACCAAAGGACCCUGCUGUAUUGGACUGCCAGGCCCAUGGGCAGCCUCCAGUCACCAUCAAGUGGCUAAAGAAUGGGGUUAAGCUGGCAGAAAGUGAACACAUACAGUUUCUGCCAAACGGCUCCUUGUACAUACCAAAGAUAAAGCAUACCAAGGAGGAUUCAGAUGAAGGUUUCUACCAGUGCCUCUCCCAAAACAAGUAUGGAGCUAUCUUAAGCCAAAGAUCACGUCUGACUAUCGCAAGUAUCUCAGAGUUUGUGUUGCAUCCUGUGCCUAUCGUGGUGACUGUGGGCUCUGUGGCACGAUUCUCCUGUGCAGUCAUCUCCAGCCCCCCUGCCACUAUCACCUGGGAGCUCAACCAAAGCACACUGUCACAGACAGACAGAAUAACUGUUUUGCCAAAUGGAGUUCUUCAGAUUCACAAUGUGCAACUGGAAGAUGCCGGGGACUAUCAAUGUGUGGCAACUAAUGUCGCUAGCCGGUUAAAGAGUCGCGAGGCCACACUGACAGUUAACCGAGAUGCAGGGCCUACACUACGACAGAGACCCAAGAUCAUUGCUGGACCUCAAAAUGUGACGGUUGCACUUCACCAAACUGUGGUGCUGGAGUGUGCGGCCACAGGCAAUCCCAGACCCAUCAUCUCCUGGAGCCGUGCGGACACUAAACCUAUUGACGUGUACAAUGCCAAAGUGCUGGGCAAUGGAAACCUGGUUAUUACGGAUGUCAGUACCAAGCACAGCGGAGUCUACCUUUGCAGGGCCACAACCCCUGGAACCCGCAACCACACCACUGCUGCAGCCAAUCUCACAGUAUUGGUGCCGCCAACCAUAGUUGAGAAGCCUGAGAGCCAGACCCGUCCAAGAGCAGGCACUGCCCGAUUUAUGUGCCAAGCAGAGGGAGUGCCCCUGCCUCGCAUCAGCUGGCUGAAGAAUGGAGAACAAGUUCACUUAAAUGGAAGGAUUAAGCUGUACAACAGUAAACUGGUGAUUACGCAGAUCAUCCCUGAGGAUGAUGCCAUCUAUCAGUGCAUGGCAGAGAAUGAACAGGGUUCUGUGCUCUCCUUGGCUCGCCUCAUUGUUGUCAUGUCAGAGGACAGGCCCAGUGCACCGAGAAAUAUCCAUGCUGAAACCAUCUCAAGCUCUGCUAUCUUAUUGGCCUGGGAGAGACCUCUGUACAAUGCAGACAAAGUCAUUGCCUACUCGAUUCAUUAUAUGAAGGCUGAAGGUCUAAACAAUGAAGAAUACCAAGUUGUUAUUGGCAACGACACCACCAGUUAUAUUGUCGAUGACCUGGAGCCCGCUCGAAACUACAGCUUUUACAUUGUGGCUUAUAUGCCGCUGGGAGCCAGUCGUAUGUCAGACCAAGUCAGUCAGCAUACCCUGGAGGACGUGCCUCUUCGUACCCCUGAGCUGAGUCUGACCAGCCAGAGUGCAACAGACAUCCAGGUGAGCUGGCAGCCACUGCCAGCCAAGGUGAGCCGUGGUCGUGUGGCUGCAUACAGACUCUCUUAUCGCACAGCUGCAGACAGCGCUGUCACAUCUGUAGAGCUACUGCAGAACAGCACUGAAUACCUCCUGGAGGGCCUGCAGCCCGACACAAUCUACCUGCUCCGCAUGGCCGCAGCUACCCGAGUGGGCUGGUGUGAGCCGUCAGCGUGGACUUCACACCGUACACCUAAGACCUCCAGCAACAAAGUGCCUUCAGCCCCUUUUCUUCAACUUGAGGCCUUAAACUGCACCUCUAUUGUGGCACGUUGGCAGAGCUCCCCAGAAUCUGUGGCUGUUCAGGGCUAUCGGCUGUGUUACCACGAGGAAGGACAACCAGAGCAGCCCAACAUCCAGCUGCAGGCUCAAACUAAUGCGUACACGAUCGGUGGCCUUGAUCCGCGGAGAAAGUAUCACGUGAAGAUUCUGGCUGUCAGUAAAGUUGGAGAUGGUUAUCAGAGAGACCAAACCAUUAGUACCCCAGGAUGUGUGUCAGCUAGAGACCAACUUGCAGCAGCUCCUCCGCCUCCAAAUCAAGUUACUGUUUUGGAUGGUAAUUCAUCUGCAGUGUCCCUGCGCUGGAGUCAUCUUCCUUUCCCCUCUGGAAAUGCUGUCAGUUAUACAGUCCGCUGUACACCUGUGGGCACUCAUAAUGUCUUUGCCAUACGUUACCUGCAAACUACGAAGCAAAGUGUGACAGUUCAGAAGUUGGAUCCAAACACUCGUUAUGAGUUUGUGGUACGUCUUCAUGUGGACCAGAUGUCGAGUCCCUGGAGUUCUGUAGUUUACCAUCAGACACUCCCUGCAGCACCAAGCCAACCACCUGCAGGAGUCCGAGUAACUCUGAUUGAGGAAGACACCGCUCUGGUGUCCUGGAGGGAGCCCGCUGAGUCCAACGUGGUGAUUACAUCCUACACCAUCCUGUACGCUUCACGAAAAGACUGGAUGUCUGGACUCUGGCAAAAAAUCAAGAGGGAGGGUAGUCAUACGAUGGCCCUUCUGGAGAAGCUGGAGCCAGGAAAUGUCUAUAUUGUGAAAAUAUCUGCUUCCAAUGAGGUGGGUGACGGCCCUUUCUCUGAGAUCGUGGAGCUGGCACCGAAGCGUGGAAACGUCCACCGAAACAAGAAUCCCAGGCACUCUGACUGGCUUCCAGAUACAACAGUGUUCUCUGAUGGUCUCUACCACAUAGACCAGAGGUCUAUGACAGGGAUCAUCGUUGGCGUGAGCAUUGCUUUGGCCUGUAUUGUUACAUGUGCUUUGAUCCUGAUCAGUAAGGGAAAACCAAGAAAAUCCUCCAGUCAUAAAGUCAUUGCUGUAGGAGGUCCUGAAGGUCCACGUGCUGGUUUGGCCAGUGAACGCCAUACGGCAAACGUUGAGGCUCUUAUUCCAAUGAUGAGUGAUCACUUCGUAGAUACUAAGGGUGGAUCUAAUAUCAUCAUACGUGGUACUGGUCCAGUCAGCAGCAAGAAGUGGCUGCUUUUCAAGAGAGAAAUCAGAAAUCCAUCUGACAGUGAUAUUGAAACCAGAGCCAGCUUGUAUGAGGCUGGCAAAACUGUUCUGAGAUAUGAGGACCAUCCAGGCUCAGCGCCCCUGCCACCUUCAUCACGGGAGAUCAUCUACGGACCACUUUGCUCAGAGAGCUCUCACACUAGUGAGGGCAGCCAAGAGACAGGGGACUCUGGACACUACUCCAAUGAAGAAAGCAACGAAGAGAUGAGCAGCCCAUCAAGCAGCCAAAGCUCCAGGCCUGAGUCUUUUGGGCCAGAUGACGAUACCACAGUCGUGGCGCUGAAGCACUGUUUUGAAGUGGAAAAGGAGGUUGAUGCUUCCUGGCUCCGCAGCACCUCGGGGGACUCUCAACCGGCCUCACACACUUCUCAAGCAGCCAGCUCCUAACAUCAUCUGGCCUGCGUCCGCUCUGCCAACAGCCGAAGUCACGCCACUUCUACCUCGUCCGCUUCCUGAGUGGGAGCCCCUUGGGUAUCUCCUGAGAAACAAGGGAUCAGGAAUCCUGCUGCUGCAAAGGAAGAUGUGUGCAUUUGCUUCGGACUUUCCUCAGGAGUUUGUAUGAACAUUUUUAUUUCCUUUUUUUAAAAAAAAAAACCCCAACUUUCUACCUGUUUUUCUGUGUUUGGCAUCGUCUGUCCUAAACCAAAACUCACCCAUGAUGAAUGUCAAAAAAGAAUGUCAGAAAUGUACUGCGGUGCAUUUUCAUUAUAUUUAACUACUUUCCACUGGAGCGGAGGGUGUAGUUGAGCCUUUUUAGACUGAUUAUCUACCUCAGUGUUCUAUUCUUUAAAUACAUUACUACCUCCUUUUUUUUUUUUUUCUUUUUUUUUUAAACCACCUAUUGUGCAGUAUUAUCAGACUCAGGGCACAAAGUGAAAACACUUAAUUGCCACAACUUGUGAUCUGUGUUCAGACAUUAUUGCCUAGUUUCUAUUUUCAUGGUUGAAAGGGCUUUUGUUUCAUAUUGUUUGUCUUUGAAUGAUGUAUGUUGGAAAGAUGACAAGUGCAUUAGUUUGUCAAACUGUGUAGAGCUUUAACAAACAGUAAUGUUUGGCCUUAACAGUGCACUGAAUUUCUAGCUUUAACAAUGCCUUAACUUCAAAGGGCUUUGCGUACUUUAGAUGACGAGAUCCAAAGACGGGAAUAAUUAUAUCCAAAGAGUUUUUGAUAAUACAGAAAAUAUUCUAAGGCAACCAAAAACUUAGAUUUACAUUAAGGGUGCAUUUGCCCAAAUUUUGUUUGUGCCAGUGAUGUAAGUUUCCCUUAGAACGCUGAUUUUUCUCGGUGUGAAUUUAUUCUGGUGAAAGCUUUAGCACGAGUCUCCUAGGCUUGUGUUUCAUUUGCCUUCUAGACCAUUGCUGAGUGCAGCGGUGAUGCCGAUGCUAUUAUCCAAAGAGUUGUCUGCUUCCUCAAAUGGGUACAGCUUUUCUUAAUUCAGUUGAACGUUGGUAUGAAAAUAUUGAUCCCAAGACCAAAAAUUCAUCCUCCCAGUGAUGGAUGAUUUUUUUUUUUUUUCCCAAAGAAUCGUCUAUCAUGUCUCACAAAUACUGCUGUAUGGGAAAGCCUUCUUUCUCUCUCCAUAAUGUUUCCUGUCCAGGUGCGACAAUGAAGGAUUCUGACUAUCAUAAUGGAAACCCUAUGUGUGAAGAGCAACAUAAUCAAUCCUUUUAUACCUUUGUAAAACAAAUAAUGCUAACCAAAGAAUAUUGAUAUGUUAAGUAGUUUUCUUUGGUUUUCGUCUAUAUUAUAUUCAUUAUUUGCAUUUAAAUGCGAUAUGAUUUCCAAUGGGUUUGGAUACUAGAAAGGCAUUUAGACAUGGUUAUUUUAAUUUUUUUUAAGCUUGAGAUGUCAAAAACUGUGCUUAUCACCAUUUAAAUUUUUUUUUUUUUUUUUUUUACCUGAGUAAUACUUUUAAAAAAUAGUUUAGAUGACCAUUUUAGAAUGAUGUAAACAAAAACAUUUCCCAAUUUUAAUGACAUUUUGCAAAAAUAGUCCAUUUAAGGUUUGUCUGUGAAAUGCUUUAGUAUGGAAGGUUGAUUUGAAAGCCACUGAUAAUUUUGCAGUCCUCGCUCAGGUUCCAAGUGUAGAUUUUAGGGUGUAGAUAUAUUUGUUAUUAUUUAUGUUGUUUUUUUUUUUAUAUAUAUAUAUUUUUGCUUUGAAUACCAAAUUACAUGUAUGAUCCAA